AGCGUGAACGAACGACCGCAAGAAAGCAAGCAGUCAAAAAGAGAAAAGAAGUUGAGUACGCGUUUCUGCCGUCGAUCCGCUUGUGCUUCAGAAUUUGCAACUUUUUCUCCGAUUAGGGCCCGUUUUUCCGUCGAAAUUCCAUCAAAAUGAGCUCCGCGGUAAUGUUGUUCGCCUGUUCGAAGUGUUUUUCACGCCAUCCGUUCGAGGAAUUGUCCCCUGGGCAGCAACUUUGCAAGGAUUGCCGAGGGUCAUUUCCAAUCGUUAAAUGUACGUACUGCCGUACGGAGUUCCAGCAGACCAGCAAGGGCAGCACCGCCGCUAUUUGCAAAAAAUGCGACCAAAAUGUUAAACAGUAUGGAAAACCGUCCGCCUGCGAGCUGUGCAACAUUAUUGCUGCAUUCAUUGGAUCUAAAUGCCAAAGGUGUACAAACUCCGAGUUAAAGUACGGACCAGCGGUAACUUGUGAUCAAUGCAAACAACGAUGUGCCUUUAAUAGGCCAGACUAUAAGGUCGAUGGCAAGCUACUGUGUUGGCUCUGCACGUUGUCCUACAAGCGUGCCCUGACCAAGGCACGCCAAGCGGAAAGCGAUCGUCGCCGUGCGAAGAAACGUGGAGCUGAUGGUGGCCCACCGCCGGCGUUGUCUUCGUCGGCAUCAGGUGCCGGAACAGGCAGCCGCGGAGGAACCGGCUCCAGCAAUGCCGCUUCCGGACCGCUCGGAUCCAGUGCAAAUUCUGGUAGUCGUGCGGACAACCGCAGCACGUCGGACAAAACCAAUAGCAGCAGCAACAGCAGUUCGUUGAAUCGUGGAGGUGGAUCCGGUUUACCUCCGUUGGGUGAUGUAGGUUUGGGCCCCGUUGAUCUACCGGAUCCGGUACCCUUAUCAGUUGAAUCAUCCGCCCCUACUGGAAUGGAUCGAGUGGACAACGCCCGGAAUGACAACGGACGGCAUUCGUCAAGCAAAAAGCCUCGUACCGACAUGAAACCGGGUUCGGAAGGACCGGAAAAACUGGGACACCAUAAAAGCUCCCACCACCAUCAUCAUCACCAUCAUUCAAAGUAUGUCGACCCACAUAGUUCCGAUCAUGUCAUCGCGAUGACUCAGCUGAAGGAAACAAUUGCCACGUUGCAGCGGAAGAUAAAACAGAAGGAUGCUAUUAUUUUAGAGAAAGAAAAGGAGAUCAGUGCAUGGAAGGGAAAGCAUUUAUACUUAGAGCAGGAUUUGAUGAAAAAAUACAAGGAUAUGGAGAAGAACUACGAAUUCAAGCUUGAAGUGCUGAACAAGAAGCUCAAGUCGCAACUGUUAGAGAUCGCUCAGCUGUCGAAGGCCGCCAAGGAUGCCGCCGAAAAGAGGAAGAAACCGAUUGGAUUUUUGGCAACCACCAAGCUACACAAGCUCAAGCCGGAAUCGAAGGAAAAGGAACGCGAGAAGACCAGCGGACGAAAUCGCAUCAUCGAGGAUGAAGACGAAGAUGAGGAAAAGGAGGACAAGGAAAACGACAAAGGAGAAUCGGGCGCUAACACUCCGAAAGAUACCGGAAAGGAAAGUCCUCGGGAUGUCGACUCUGGCAAGGAGAGUCCGCGUGACUCGGACAAGGAGGAUGAUAAGGAAGAUGAAAACGACAAGAAGGACAAAAAAGACAGCGAGUCCGACAAGGAGAAGGAUGAUGAGCAGAGUAAAAGUAAUGGCUCUGUCAAGGACGCAGAAGAUUCCGACAAGGAGAACGAUGAGAAAAAAGAUGAUCAAAAGGAAACAGAAAAGGAGGAAGAUAAGGAAAGCGAUGAGAAGGACCGCAGCAGCUCUGACAAAGGAUCUCGUCGAAAUUCUGAGCAUGGCUCGGAAAAGGAAUCUGACAAGGGGUCUGACAAAGGAUCCGACAAGGGAUCAGACAAUGAGUCGGACAAGGAAUCCGAUCAUGAUUCUGACAAAGAAUCUGAUCGCGGAUCCGAGAAGGGUUCUACUAAGGGAUCAAACCGUGGUUCAGACAAAGGAUCUGAUCGUGGAUCGGAUAAGGGAUCAGAUCAUGGUUCUGACAAGGGGUCGGAUCGCGGAUCUGAUAAGGGAUCGGAUCGUGGCUCUGAUCGAGGUUCUGAUAAGGAAUCCGAUCAUGGUUCCGAUAAAGGAUCCGAUCGCGGCUCUGACAAAGGAUCGGAUCACGGAUCCGAUAAGGAAAGUGACAACGAAUCCGAUGAUCGAUCUGCAAAGGGUAGUGGCAAGGACAGCGGAUCCGAAAGUGGAUCUGAUCGGGACAGUGACCGUGAUUCAGAUUAAAUCUGAAGCUGCUUCUCUGCAUCGGAAGCAGAUCGUUUUAUUACAAACGGACAAGAUUAGUGUUAUCCUCAAAUUUAACUUAUAAGACAUGUCCCUAGAUCGUAAACUGGUACGCACUAUUAUUUGUUUUAGUUGCCAAUUUCUUUAUUUCCGCUUAAUAGAUCCUCCAUUAAUUGCUGCAAAACUGAAAAAAAUCACGCCGUUGAACUCUACUGGUAAAUGUUAAACCCUUCAACAUAAAAAAAACUUGUUGCAGCUCAAACCGAUUCAUGAAGCCAUCUUUUCACGAUUUUUAUUCUUUUGCUUCCUACUCCCUAGUUACGGUUACAUAGAUGUAGUGCAUGUAUUUCCUCUGUGCUUCUUUUCUCCCACUUGCUAUCUGCAAACUUGUUGAGCUGAUAAAAGCAGAUUGCAAUAGAAAAAAAAAUAGAACCUACACCAUUAGAACCCAAUAGAUCGUAAGAACUGUCUCCCUAAUCUGCCCUAAUUUAUGAUUUACAUUUUAAAGUCGGUUUAAUUAGAACAAAAAAAAAACUUGUAAUGAACAGAAUACUUAAAAUAAAAAUCAAAUAAAAAUUUUACGAGGGAAA